AAAAAAAAAAAUUCAUGAGAGAAAUCAGAAACAAAACUGAGUGAUAAAACAGCAAAAAUGUUCUCUUAACUUUUUAAUUUAGAAUAUGCUGUCUGUUAUGUUCUCUUUAAGUAUUGCUACUUAGCAAUAGCGUUACAUCAGAUUCGUUCAGGCAGCUAAGGGAUGCAGAAUGUUCAAGGCCCAUGAACGUCCCUCAUACGACAAGCUCCAACUUAACAAGCGCAAUGAGAAGCCCAGCGCGCGCCCCAACUGUGCCCGACCCCUGACCAAGCUGGCCAUGGUGGCUCUGAACUGGCACAAUCGGCAACUACAGUACGGCAUCUCCCACCUGCCUGUCCACUUGCUACCUGAACUCCUGCGUACAGCACUUCUUAAUGACCAGGCCUCAGCUGUCGUCACAAUGGUCGCCAACUGGCCCUUUCCGACAUUGAGGUUUGCAGACAUUCUGAAUAGCCAGCAGUUGGAGGUGUUUGAAGACGAAUUGAGCAGCCUUUGUUACUACAUAGUUGACGGACUCGCCUCCCGUACCCCCAUGUGUAGACUCACUUGUCUAGACCUCACCGACAUCCUCCUACAGGCAUCAUUUGUUCGCCAAAUCAUACAGAUGUGGCCCCUGCUGUCUCUGAAGAAACCCCAGCUGAAACCCAAAAACCUUGCGAAGAUUGUAACGAGAACUGCUGGCCUGGAUGAGAUCAAGCUUUCCUAUGAGAUCAUACCCAAAGUGCUGAAGGAGAGGAUGGGUCAGGAUCUCAUGCAAUUUCCCAGAAACAGGAUCAAGCUGCCGGAAGGAGAGAGGCUAGAGGUGAAGCUAUCGGACGCACAUUUCACAACCAGUAACCUGUUUUUCCUCGACUACAUGAUCACCAACUGCCUACGUGACUACACUCCACUCUAUGUCACAGUCUCUAAUCUCCACAUCAAGUCUGAUUUCUGUGAUGGGAAUCUGCUCACUGACUCCCUGGCACCGUUUGUUGUGUUCAAAGGACAGCAGUCAAAGUUGCUUGACGGUCUCUCCCUUCACCAGCUGGAGGAAGGUGUGUUCUUUCUGGUGCUGCCUGACCUUCAGUGCUUCACUCACCUGCGCAGCCUGGACAUCGCAGACUGUAACAUCUACCUACAGGAGGGUGUAACACGGCGCCGGCGUAGUACCCGCACUCUGCUAUGCGAGACCUUCCAAUGCUUCACUAGCCUCUGCCGACUCAACCUCAGCUUCAACUUUCUUAUCGGCUGCCUGGGAGAGGUGCUAGAGUCUCUACGGAUGCCUCUGGAGUACUUGAGUAUCCGGGGCUGUGACGUCAAUGACAGUGAUCUAGUAAGUCUCGGUGAGUCCAAGCACGCGGCCAGUCUGCGCGAACUCAACAUGUCCAAACUUUGCCAUUUCUCCAUAUACGACAACGAUCGAAUAUCGCCUGGUAACAUAUUGAAAGUCGUCAAAAAUUUCCCCCAAAUGACGCUUCUGAACUUGGCGCAAAAUCAUCUUAGUGAUACAAAUGUGAAAGACUUUAGCUGUGAUACACUGAUCCACAUGACCCGACUCAAGGGUCUUGAUAUAUCCGGGAACAUUCUCGCGUUGGACAGUCAGGUGGAGCUAGCCCGGGCAUGCGCGCGCGUGCCUUCCAUGCAGUGGUUGAGGCUCACGUGUAUGAACUCGACACUCAACGAUGCCAUGUUUCUGCAUAACCUUGAGCUAGGCAACAUGGAGGAUGUAGGGGGCAAACUGAGGAACGAAAUGAAGUCAUUAGGAAGGGAUGAUAUCGUUGUGGAUGUUGUCAGGCUCUCUUUUGCUAUACUGGUUGACCUUGUGGACUUUUUUGAUUGACCUCAUGUCUACACCUGACCUGGUGGAUUUUUUUUUCGACGUAUGUCUGUAAUGGACGUCGCCAUUAAUAUUUUUCUAUAAGUGACCUUGCGGUCGUCUCUGAAUGACAUCAACAUGUUUGAUGCAGUUGUCAUGUCAGGCUGCCAUCUGCCAUACGGGUCUUAGUCUUUGAUGGAAAGCAUCUAUUAAGCAUGUUUUUCAGUUACCAAUUUGUCCAAUGCGUGCGGCGACUGUUAUUGUUCAAUGAAUGACCUCAAAGUGUUAGACUUGUACAUUUUAGAGGAAAACGAGAAGAUGCUUAGUGCUAUUUAGCUCAAUGGCCGUUUGUAAUUACUUGUUUUAAGCUGUUGAUUGUAUUGACAGCAGGGGUGUACAAAAUGAGUGUUAGCAUUUGAACCAUUACUGUUAUACAGUAAGGUUCAAAAUUACCAGUAUUAAGGGGUUGAAGCAAGUUUGGGUUUUGUCCUGCUUUUUGUUAUCCCCCGCCAUAGGCGGAUGGAUAUUGUUUUUGCGCUGUCCGUCCAUCCAUCCGUCCGUCUUUCCGUCCGGAGCCAUAUCUUGGAAGUGCUUUGGCGGAUUUCAUUGAAUUUUGGUAUGAGUAUAUAUAUAUAUAUGGAUAACAGCAUGAUGCUAGCCAAAUGGAAUUGUACACCAUCAAUUAAUAACGGAGUUAUGGCCCUUUUUAUCUUGAAAAAAUGAUUUUGUGUGUGUCCGGAGCCAUAUCUUGGAAAUGCUUUGGCAGAUUUAAUUGAAAAUUGUUAUGAGUAGAUAUAUAUAUAAGAAGAUGAUGCACACCAAAUGGCAUUGUACACCAUCUGUGAAUAACAGAGUUAUGACCCUUUGUAUCUUGAAAAAAAUGCUUUUUUUAGUGUCAAAUAUAACACUUUUGUGUCGAGAAGCAUAUUGGCGGGGGAUAUCAAUUCAACGGAUUUGCUUGUUCAUCAUAUUUCAUCACAGUUUAAAUGGCAACAACGGUCUAGAAGAACAGAUUGUGCUCUACAUUGUACAUAUAGUGCUCAUAUCAGGUUUGGUCAUUUGGAUCAUUGGAAAAUGAUAAGAUUUAUUAAAUGGUACUGUUUGAUAUGAAAGGGUAACAUAGAAAAGACUAGGGCUGCAACCUAGCCAGAAAUGUCUCGAUAACCACAUGAUAAGACAUUAUUCAUAAAAAUAUAUGUUGUAUCAUUAUACAUAUGUAAAUACUUGUAAUAAAGUCUUUUUUCCACAAAA